UCUCUCUCUCUCUCUUUUUCAUCUUCUCUUCUCUUCGAGUUUUCGUUUACUUUUGAUCAUCUCAGUCGAUAUUUACUGUUAACCAGUGGUGAACCUAAAAAAGAAUCAUCAUCAUCUUCAUCUUUCUCUCCUUUCUCUCCUUUCUCUCCAGAAGCUUCAUCUUUAGCUUCCAUCUUCCUAAUGUGAUUUCAUUUCUCUCUCGUUCUCUCUCGUUUUCUCUCUCACUCCUUCUCUCUAAUUGCUGUUAUAUCAUAAAUUGUACAGAAAAACAGAAACAAUUGUUGAUUGUGUUCCUUUUUUUUUCUUCUUAUUCUUUAAUCUUGUGAUUUGUUCUCUUUCUCUGUUAAUUUUGUUCUUCUGUUGAUUUUCAUCAGUCUUUUCUUUUUUUUUCUAUUCUUCACCCGGAUUAUUCAUCUCUCGUUUGAUAUUCUAUUUGUCUAAAUUUUUCUUAUCUGUUAGAUGUGAAGAGACAAAUCAAUGUGCCUAAAAGUUACCCACAGACCCAUCCGAUAUGAUGAUGAUGAUAACAAUUGUGUCAAUGUUGAUGCCGAUCUCGUUGAUGAUUGUUCACUGUUCAUUGUGUUGUCUAUCAUUAUUAUCUUUAACUCUGCUCAUGAUACCCUCAGGCUUUGCUCACGAUUGGCAAGCCUACAACAGUGGAUAUCAAGGUGACCAACCAUAUAAUUACGAUGAAGGACGUGAUAUCGGCUUAAAUAUAACCCAAAUAUUGGAUUCAUUUUUCUCAAGUGGUUAUGAUAAAAGAGUACGACCCAAUUAUGGUGGUCCACCAGUUAAAGUUGGUGUUACCAUGCACAUAUUAACAAUUAGCUCAGUAUCGGAAGUUCAAAUGGAUUUUACAACUGAUUUUUAUUUUCGUCAAAUUUGGAAAGAUCCUCGACUUUCCUUCAAAGCAAGACCAGGUAUCUCACAGAUACCGGUUGGUGCUGAAGUAGCCGAUAAAAUUUGGGUACCGGACACUUUUUUUGCUAAUGAAAAACAAGCCUAUUUCCACGAGGCCACAACCAAAAAUACCUUCUUACGGAUAAGUCAUGAUGGUCAAGUGUUUCGGAGUAUCAGGUUAACGGUAACUGCAAGUUGUCCAAUGAAUUUACAAUAUUUUCCAAUGGACAGACAAAAAUGUAACAUUGAAAUUGAGAGUUAUGGAUAUUCAAUGACGGACAUUAUUUACAAUUGGGUUGAUGAAAAUGCUGUUAGAAUUGAUAGUAAUCUAAUGCUUCCUCAAUUUUCAAUUGCCAGUAAACGUCAAAGCUGGAAAUAUGUACAUUUAAGUACAGGAAACUAUUCUCGUCUCAUGUGUGAGAUCCAGUUGAUUCGUAGUAUGGGCUAUUAUAUGAUACAAAUCUAUGUUCCAGCAAGUUUAAUUGUGAUCAUCAGUUGGGUAUCAUUUUGGCUUCACCGUAACGCAACUCCAGCUCGUGUCCAUUUGGGUGUAAUAACCGUUUUAACCAUGACCACCUUAAUGUCAAGCACAAACUCCCAGUUACCAAAAAUAUCUUAUGUUAAAAGUAUCGACGUUUUCCUUGGGACUUGUUUCGUUAUGGUUUUUGCCGCUUUACUUGAAUAUGCGGCUGUUGGUUAUAUUGGUAAACGUAUAUCUAUGAGAAAGAAUCGUUUCCAACAAUUAGCCAAAGCGGCUGAAGAGAAAAGACGUAAAUUGGUUGAAGCGGCAGCCGCUGCUGCUGCAGCAGCGGCGGGAUGUACCACUGCAGCUGAAGCAAUUCAUCACUCAUCGGGUGACCAAUCAAUCAGUUUGAGUGGCGCUGGUGGUCAUCAUACAAAUAAUUUCAAUGUUACUAACGCUAAUACAACAACCACAACCACAACCAAUAAUAAUAAUACGAGUAAUAAUAUUAGUAAUAAUAAUAGUGUGAAUAUAAAUAACAAUAACAAUAAUAACAUGUUAACAUCAACAAAUGCCCCUACAACAGUAUCCAUUGUACCUUCAUCAGUGACCGGAACUGUUGGUGUUGGUGCUUCAACAUCAACUGCCUCAUCAUUUCAACAUUUACAACAACAACAACAACAACAACAGCAACUAUUACUACAUCAUCAUCAUCAUCAACAAACAGGACAAAAUCCUGUUGAUUCAGCCUUGCAUGGAAGUAGCCUAAUUAGUAACAGUGUUUGUAGUGCAAGUGCCAAUGUGGGUGUUAAUAGUGUACCGAAACACCAACAACACCAACACCAACAACACCAACAACAACAUUCUCAUCAACAUCAUCGUUCACAAUUUCAACAUCAACAAUCAAUUGGAACCUUAACAAGUGUCUCUAAUUUAGGUGGUGGACUAAGUGUACCUUCAGGUCUAGUUACUUACGAUUCGGGUGGUUUAGUUAGUGGAGGUAGUGGGAGCCUCAUGAUGAAUAAUCCAGGUGAACUAAUCAAUUGUGGUGGACAUGGAGGGUCAAUGGGAUCAAUGCCAUUGGGAUGUUCAAGGGAUGAUCAAGAUGAAACAUUAAUAACCCAUGUUGGUCACUAUGCUACUCUGAGACGACCCUUAUUAGAAAGAGGUGGCUCUGUGGGAUCAACGUGUAGAGCAUUGGCCAGUGGUCAACAACAAGGAGGAGGAGGUAAUGUUGGUGGUGGAAUGGGAGCAUCACAAGGUGUACCAGCCUCAAGUCAGAAACAAUUUUUAACUCAUCGACCUCAGAUUUCAUUUGAAACUUAUCACAAGUAAUCACAAGUAUCUUUCAUGCCCAUGACUGAGUUUGUCAUCUAAUGAACAGAAAAAGAUGACCAUCAAAGGGAAGAUGGAGAGAAAAAAUCUAAAAUUCCAAUAAAUUACUACAAAUUUUUCUUCGUCUUCAGAGAUGAGAAAAAUUUGAGUCAAAUGAAUCCAUCAAAUUAUUACCAUGAUAUCAACUUUAUUUCUUCCAAGGGAGCGAAAAUUCUGGUUUAUCCUCAACCAUCUUACCUUUCAAUAAAAUGUUACCUUACGAAAUGCAUUUGAGAAAAUAAAUUCAACUCGAGUCCACCCUGAAAGUGUUCAGAAUAUUGCAAAGUAGGAAUCGUAACGUAAUCACUGUAAAUUGUAUUACAGAUUUACUGAAAUAUCCAGUCUCAUGCUCUUUUUUCACCAGUUUCCUUUCCACUUUUCAUCGAAUUUAAUAUAGAAAUAGAUUGAGGAAGAGAUAGAAAGAAUAACUCCUCUUCAUCAAUUUCUAUCAAGCUCAUCAUCUUCUCAACCCAGUUCACAUAAACACACACACAUACACUCCCAACACUCAUCACCAAUGGACUACAUCAAUCAAAUAAACCAUCGUGCAAGGAUGUUGAUGUUUUAUUGAAAUUCCUCAAAUAACCUUAUCCAACUACCUUUUUUCGCCAGUUUUAACCUCAUUCAUAUCAUCAACCUUCAUCAUCCUUCCAACACACCAUCAAAAUCAUCUUUCUCUCAAUCUUAUUCUGUUUUUGAUCCAAUUUUAUCUUCAAUCUUUUUUCUGAUGUCAUCUUUUCUUUGCUCCAUUUUCUUACCUUCUUCAACCCAUUCACAAUUGCAUAUCGAUAAAAUUUCAUGUAUGAAUUUAUAUCAAACUCUCUCUCUCUCUCCGUCUCACACUCACAUUCAUACCUUUGGUGAUUUCCCAUCUUUAUGAUUUAAUUCAAUUUCGCCAAUAGUGUUGAUAGAAUUUUCCUGAACAAAUUUUUCAACUUAUCAAACAACCUAAUCAUUUGUUUUAUAUUAUGUUCAUCAUGAUAAUAAUACAUUGAAAAUUUAUCUUUAUUCAAAAUUUUCUCCUCUUCUAUUGU